AUUUAUGCUAGGCAUACAUACGUACAUAGUUUAUAGGCUCUCCUUGUGUCUCUCAAGGACGCGUUUGGCUUUGGGCCAAGAUUUCGAAUGUACGAAAGUCUCGUUUCAAAACUGGGAAGGCAGUCGUGAUCAACUUGCGUCUCAAGGAACAUCCAUCUGGGAAAAAUGGCUGGAAACACCGGAAUCGGCAAAAUGCACAUGGAUCUGUACACCAACAACUCGGCUUUGACCCAAAAGGCCAAGUUCUGGUGCAAUUUUGUCUCCUCCCUCAAAGGAGCCCAAGACCUCAGAGCUCCCGAUGAGCGUGUGUUUCGCAGCAUUCAUCCCAGCAUCGUUCACACCCUUCCCGACGACUUCCCUGAAUUGAAGCAUGAGUUCUCGAAACUGGAGUCCCAGAUGUUCGACAAACCCCGCAAACGUGCUUCCGAACCUUUGACUCCCAUUCUUCCCGAUGCUCAUGACAGGAUCUUUACCCCCGGGUAUAGCUACAUGCCAGUGCACACUGAGAUCUACGGAACUUAUCGCCCAAGACCCGUCCGAUACUAAAAAAUGGCCCAGUUCGUUAUAAGAGGCUUGUUCACUUGUUGGAGUUGGACGGCCCUCUUUGAACGCAAUUGUACUUAACUUCUUGCACAGCCAUCCAUUUUCUCAAGGUUUUGCCAUUACCAACGCCGCCAACAUCAAUACCACCACCACCACCACCACCACCAUUGCUACCACGCUAUCGAGAAUGUGAUCGCGAAAAAGAAUCUAAAAAUUAGCCAUUGUCCCAUGUUACAUUGUCUAUGAAAUGUGAAUAAAGUACCCUGUCAACCUUUGGAAAAA